AUGCUCUUGUUCCUCUUCUUGUUUGGUCUGGCUCUGGGUGCUGAGUCUCCUUCAGGUGACCAUGAAAUGAAGCUACAGCGUGGUAACUGUCCCAUGUUCUGGUUUGGCUUCAACCACUGCUGCUACAAGUACGUCACCACACGUAUGACCUGGGCUCAUGUAGAGCUCUAUUGUGUGUCAGAGAGGGCCAACCUGGUGUCUAUCCAUAGCCUGGAAGAACAGGAGUUUGUCAAAUCCCUGAUCAAGAACUUUGACGCUGCUCAGGGAAAAACCUGGAUCGGACUCAAUGACAUCCCCAAAGAAGGCAGAUGGAUGUGGUCUGAUGCAUGUGCAGUGGACUUUGUCUUUUGGGAUGCAGAAGAGCCAAACAACCAUGGAGAAUAUGAAAACUGUGUUCACAACAAACAUGAUAGUAAUGUGAAAUGGAUAGAUUGCACAUGUUCUGACACUUAUCCCUCUGUUUGUGCAUCUUGCAUAGUCUUUCCUUAGGAACUGAGAUGGUUGCUGAAAAACAAAAAAUGCGAGUUUUCAAUUUUUAUACAGACAACAUCUCUGAUUUCCUUUAUUUUCAUGAAUAUUGAACAUUCACACAUGUAACUCCAGUGAUUGAUCAAAAGGAAUAUUCACACAACUUUUUCCCCAUUUGACUCUACA